AGGAAGAACUUGUGGAGGCUGAAGUUCCGGUGCGGUGCCUGGAUUAGGCUGUGGUGCCCCCGCCAAGGCAUUCAUUGCUGAGGCAUCUCCCGCUCUCUCUCUCUUUCUUUUCCUUUGCGGAUGUUACGGUUGUCUUGAGUAGAGUGGCCCAAUCCUGCUCCUCGGCAUGCUGAGGCUGCGGAGUUUUCUCCUCAGGACCGGCCCGUCCCGCGCGCCCGGUAAUGGAGGCUCCAUAUAAUGGUAGUGAAGUAACUGUAGUAAUGGAGGAGAUAGAAGGAACAUACACCUACUCAUCUCCAGUGCCAUCUAAAAAGAAGAAGAAAUACAGAAGUCCUGGAGAUCAAGGGGAAAAAGCUAAAAAACCCAGAUCUGCAUACCUUCUCUACUAUUAUGACAUAUACCUGAAAGUUCAACAGGAGCUCCCACAUCUCCCUCAGUCUGAAAUUAACAAGAAGAUCAGUGAAAGCUGGAGGCUGCUCAGUGUGGCUGAGAAAAGUUAUUAUUUGGAGAAGGCUAAAUUAGAGAAAGAAGGUUUAGACCCGAAUUCGAAGUUGUCUUCCCUGACUGCUGUAGUUCCGGACAUUCCAGGUUUCCGUAAAAUCCUUCCUCGCUCAGAUUACAUCAUUAUUCCCAAAGGUACUCUCCAAGAGGAGAGGAGUAAACAGCACUUGGAACUCUGUGUUGCCCAGGGCCAAACACCAUCAGAAGGACUGACGUUAUCUGCUAAUACCACGGGUGCUUCCCACAGUGCUGUACAGAACAUCCUUUCUGUAGAAUCUAGCCAGGUUGGCAUUUCUGAGCAGUGCAUUGCCAUUGAAGGCAUUGCAGAAGACGCAGCCUCAUUUGUUCAGUCAGACACAAUAGAAGAAGUUGUUGCAUCAGAAAUCUUGUCUCACUAUGCCCGACCUACAGCACCUAAGGUAGCUGGAGAUGUCAUCGUGGAUGAGACCCCUUUGGAAGUGGGAGACAGCUAUCCUUAUCAAACAACCAGCGUGGUUAUUGAAGAGACUUUGGUUAACAGCUCCUCAGAUGCCUCCAAUGGGUGUGUUAGUGUGGCACAACCACAGAUUUCAGAUGGCCUCUCUGUGGUAACAGUGCUGACCAGAAGAGAUAGAGGAGAAAGUAAUUCUUCAACACCUACUGCACAGUUCAUUAUGCUACCUCUGCCAGCGCAUUCUGUUCUGGAAAAUCCAGCAUCAAUCAAACUGACAACUACUUACACUCGCAGAGGGCAUGGAAAUUGCUCCAAUCCUGGCUGUUCCUUUACUUAUGUGACCAGACACAAACCACCAAAAUGUCCUCUGUGUGGAAACUUCCUGGGGGGAAAAUGGAUCCCAAAGGUGAAGCAGCCAAAAGGUAAAUCUGAGCCAAAUUCAGGCAUGCCUAUAAAAACAUUGGGGCCCAAAAGAAGUCAGCCACCAUCAACCUUAGGACAGGCAAUGGGACAGGAUGGUGCAUCAAAAUGUACUCAAGAGGUCUCUGAAGCUGUUAGCCAGCUAUUGAACGCAGCUCCUGCUGGUGAGCAGGUGCAGGAGACUGAGUGGGAAGAAGUAAUAAUCUCUGAGGCUCACAUCCUUGCGAACAAUGUUCAGCCAGAGGAGCACGGAAAUGCUCCUACAGUUAUUCAGAUUCAAGAGAACUCUGCAUCUGUAGACUCUUCAUUAGAACAGAAGGAGAGGGAAAAUGAAGGGCCGGAGACCCAGCCAUCCACUGAAGUGGUGAACUCUGCAAAUGUGCUUUCAAACCCAACAUCUGCAAUGAAACAAACAAUUGGGGGUGACGUUCUGGGCACUGCACCCAAAGGCCAGGAGCAGAAGAGCAAAGUGAGACCGAAGCCAUCCUUGCUAGCAGCUGCAAGACCCAUGAGAGCAAUUUUGCCUGCACCUUUUGGCAUGGCGAGGGAAACCAAGGCAGAGCAGCCCAGUUGCCGACAGUCAUUUCCAAAUAAUGAAAAAAAUUCCCCUGUAAGAAUCUCAGGACUGAAGCCUAAUACUCUGAAGCAGCUGGGCCAGUCCCCACUGCCCAGUGUAGAAGAACACAAGCUUCCUGGCAACACAAACAGCUCAGCAUCUCAGGUCAAAGUGGUGGAGGUCAAGCCAGAUGUAUUCCCUUCUUAUAAGUACAGCUGCACUGUAACCCUGGAUCUGGGGCUGGCAACGUCACGAGGUAGAGGCAAGUGUAAGAACCCUUCUUGCAACUAUAUAUAUACUAAUCGGCACAAGCCACGGAUCUGCCCCAGCUGUGGCUACAAUCUUGCCAAAGACAGAACUGAGAAAACAGUGAAACCACUGGAGGUCACCACUGGCCCCAGAGAUGUCUUGAACACCAGUGAGCCUUUAAUGCAGUCCCAAAAAGAAAUCCAGCGCCAAUCUACUCUCCAGCUUCUACGCAAAGUGAUACAGAUCCCAGAGAACGAAUCUGAGCUGGCUGAUGUGUUUGCACUGAUUCAUGAACUCAACAGCUCUCGGCUCAUCCUUUCCAACAUGAAUGAGGAGACAGUCACCAUUGAGCAAACGUCUUGGUCAAAUUACUAUGAGUUUCCAUCCUCUCAGUGUCUUCUCUGUAGCAGCCCCUUAUUCAAAGGGGACUUGAAUUCCCUUGCAGGCCCUCAGGAGUGCUGGUUGCUGACAGCUAACCGACUGCAAGUGGUCACUGCUCAGCUCAAGGUGUGUGUGAAUGUGCAGUGCUUGGCCCUCCAUAGUUUCAAUGAUAUAUACACAGGCUUGUUUAAUGUAGGUAACAAACUUUUGGUGAGCCUGGACCUUCUGUUCGCCAUAAGAAAUCAUAUUAAACUCGGCGAGGAUCCUAAGGUGGCUGUCAGCAGUAUCUUGGAAUCUGUGCAGGAGCAGACUGAGAAAAAUCUGAGCACUGAGGAGUUGAGUCAACUUGAGGAGCUGCUGUGCAAUGGAUAUUGGGCCUUUGAAUGCCUUACUGUCCGGGACUAUAAUGAUAUGAUCUGUGGUAUCUGUGGCAUUGCACCCAAAGUUGAUAUAGCCCAGAGGAAUGUGGAAAAUGUUUUGUCACUGAAAAACAUUGAGUUUACCUGGCCAGAAUUCUUGGCAUCUAGUGAAGUAAAUGUGGAAGAUUUCUGGUCUACUAUGGAGACUGAAGUGAUAGAGCAAGUGGCAUUUCCUUCCAGCAUCCCUAUCACAAAGUUUGAUGCCUCUAUCAUAGCCCCCUUUUUCCCACCACUGAUGAGGGGCUCUGUGGUCGUCAACACAGAGAGAGAGAAGAACUUUGACGCACCUAUGAUGACAGGCCAUGCAAGUGUUUUGGUAAGGCUGAUUCAGGAUGAAGCCUGUAAAAUGGAGCAGAUUGGUUCUUACAGCAAGGAAGAGUUACAGAAUUUCUUGACACAGUGCAGUAUUCCCUGGGAUGCAGGUGAUUCAAAGGAGCAGCUCUGUCUUUCUCUGCUGGCUCUGUAUGAUUUUGUACAGAAUGGGACACAGAUCAAACAGCCCCCCUCACAUUUGACUGGAGGAAAAAUCUACAAAGUGUGUCCACACCAGGUCGUGUGUGGCUCAAAAUACAUUGUGAGAGGGGAAAGUCCCCGGGACCAUGUGGAUCUCCUAGCCUCUUCACGCCACUGGCCACCAGUCUAUGUGGUAGACUUGGCCACUUCUGUGGCAUUGUGUGCAGAUAUCUGCUAUCCUGACUUGACUGCUCAGAUGUGGGGGAGAAACCAGGGUUGCUUCUCUGACCCCAUGGAACCUUUAAGGUAUGUGUCCUGCCCUGAACUGCUGGACAGGCACUACAAUGUGGACAUGACCAGUGCUGAACAUACAAUUCAGCACCCAGUCACCAAGUCUGCAUCCCGCCGAGUGGUUUUUACUGGAACAGAGCAGAGCACUCAGAGUGACCCAACAGCCCGACAUCAUUCCCUCUCCCUCUGCCGGGAAUUAGAACCCUACAGCGCCAUCAUUGCAGCCAUCAAUGAUAGCAAAACGAAUAAUGUCCGCCAGAGGCCUAUAACCUUUGACAAUGCAACCCACUAUUACCUCUACAAUCGCCUGAUGGAUUUCCUCUCUAGCCGUGAAAUUGUGAACAGGCAGAUUCAUGAGAUUGUGCAAAGCUGCCAGCCUGGUGAGGUGGUGAUCCGGGAUACCUUAUACCGCCUGGGUGUGGCCCAGAUCAAAACAGAAAUGGAGGAAGAUGAAGAAAUCCAAGCAGAGGAUGGUGUGGUUUAACCUACUUGGAAGUGGGCGUCUUCUGGCCAUAGAGAUGAGAGCUGGGUUGUUGAGGCACCUCUGCAGAUAGUUCAAGCAGUUUAUCACACAGCCGAGUUCCAGUACUGAACAGCUUCGACAGUUUACAUUGACCAAAGAGUCAUGUGCUUCCAUGAAAUCUGGAUGUACUCCUGUGGGUUUGAGAUCUGCGGACACCUUGAUAUAAAAAGGGCAGUUUCUCCUUCCAGUAUGUUGUUUGGAUGUAUAAGCUAGCCAGGACAGGAUGGCAUAGGAGAGAGAAGGAUGUUUUGGGUAGCUGGAAGCUGGGAAGGGAAGGCAAAUGGGUUUACAGAAGAGCUUGACCUGCUUUUGACAAUAGCUGGCGUGACAACAUUGUUGUGUUUUGUGGGAUCAUUAGGGGAUGGAAAAGAGCAGAGAAUGUUUAUAUAUCCCCAAUGCUAUAGCCUAAAUUUGAUGGUUAUAAUAGACUGAUGAGCCUCUUCUGGAGCCCCAGCUGCUAUUGGGCUCUCUUCUGAAGAAACUUAGCCCCCAUCAGUAUUAAGGGGAUGAGCACGUAUCUGCUUCUUUAGCUAAUUCUGUUUCAACCUGAGGAGUGAACUUUUUUGUUAAUGGAAAUGUGAAUUAAAGUGUGAUAGAUCUAUAAUUGGCUGGCAUGGUUUUGCAGGCUGUUCAGGGAUUUGUAUGUUUGGGAUGAUGAAACUAGACUGUUGGUCAGGAGGGGAUCUUCAGGCUUCUGCAAUCUCUUUUCAGGCACUUUAUUUUAUUUUUUUAUCCCAUCCAUAGACUCCAUAGGUUGUAAUUCAUUUAGGGACACUAUGAAGAGUACUUGUGCAACAUAGUUGGAUUCAGGAAACACAGUCCAACAAGACACUUUUCUGACUCGUGUCCCUUGCUAAAUGUUGCUUGGGAGAAUAUGCAGCACUUGACUGUCCGGACCCUCUGAAAGCCACUACAUACUUCCCAGUUCUAGAAUUAUAAAACUGUCCUGGGUGAGUUUCAUAUUGUGUUUUGAAGAGACCAGCAUUUUCCCCCUCCCCAUAUAAUGCAUUAAGCUGUGUUGUGUGAACUAAUUGCAUUGUCCACUAAUUGCAUUGUCUCUUUAACUUUUGACCAUCCAUAAAUCUGAGAGGUGAAAAUAGUCUUCUGCUAUAGCUGAAAGCAGGAAAUCUGGAGUGUGUAUGUGUGUGGGGGGUUCAAGUAUGUUUUAUUCAUUGAAUGAACAGAUUUGUGGUGUUCAGCUCCCUUCUAUGAAGGAUUCUAGUGUGUACUGUGCUGUAAAAAACAUGUAUUGUAUUUCUGAACAAAGAUUAUGAUUUGCUCUUAAAUGCUAAUUUAUUAAAGACACUUUUUCAGUCA